AUGCAAGCCUCACCGGUGCUGGCCGGCGCGGUGGUGCGCCGAACGGCGGCGGCCUCCGUAGGCAGCGAACCUCGCACCAAGUUACCCUUUCUUAUCAAUGUUGUCAAGAGGGCGCGGAAGUCUGCCAACACAGUGGGUGCGUCGACGCCGGCACUCCCCUCGACGUUGUCGACGACGGAGCCGCCUAUCCAAGCCACCGCCUUCAAGCCAUACCCGCUUCUGAGCCCCGGCGAGACCAAGCAGGCCGCCGGCAGCUCCCUCCUCUACAAGGACGACGUUUGCGCGCUUGUGAACGAUGCAUUCCCCAAAUCGAUGGUUCACUGCCUGGUCAUGCCACUGGACCUCCGCCUAGAGUCCCUCAACGCCCUCACCAAGAAGGACGUCCCACUGCUGCGCCACAUGAUGCACGUGGGGGAUGAGUACGUUCACUAUUUGAAGAAGGCGGUUCCCCACGCCUACAAGGCGCGCCGGUUCAUUGCGGGAUUCCACGCCCUUCCCUCGCUGCCCAUGCUGCAUCUGCACGUGCUGUCUACGGAUCUGGACAGCCCGUGCCUCAAGAGCAAGAAGCACUACAACAGCUUCGCCACUUUCUUCUUCCUCACAAGCGACCGCGUCUUGGAGGACCUGGAGCGGCACGGCCGCGUGACGCUGAACCAGGACGUCGCGCGCCUUCGACAGAUGGAAGAGCAGGACAUGAAGUGCUUGUGGUGCGGCACCGCGCUGCCGAACGUGCCCGCUAUGAAGUCUCACAUCCAGAGCUGCCCGCAGAACAAAGCCGUGGAGAAAUCGUCGUAG